AUGUCUUCCCCGGAAACACCACGCAUUGCUAGUUGCCUCAUCACUGCAUGCACCACCCACAUUCGCAAGCUUUCCAGGCUCUCCGAUAAAGGCAAGAAAUAUCACUACCGAGCACCGCUUUGUCACGAGUUUGGGCGUUUCUUCCUGUGGACGCAGGGGUUCGACAAGUUACCCCCCGCCGAGGGUAAUAUACUAGAUGAGGUACUGGAGGAGGCUACAUAUCUUAAGAAGGCCACGAUCCUACUUCUUGCGUCUUUCGCUAGCUGUCUGCUCGAUGUCACACUUUCGAAAGUUGGAGACGACCACACUCGCACGCUUCUCCGGCGUUCCCUUGACGAGGUGGAUAACGCGUACCCGCACUUGGAGGGCAGAAUAGAACGUGAGUGGGAAACGCAGGAUGCUUCGAUUGGGGAGUUGCGCGAGUGUAUUGAUGCUCUUUUUGACGUACUGCCGACCCUUGACAAUGUGCUGGAGGAUAUGCAGGGGGGUGUGACGCUAGUUCCCAAUCCGGUGGAACUGAUCACCACAGGAAUGGACCCUCUUUGGACAGGCGAUGAUGCCGCUCUACAGGAAGUGCCGCCGGCAUUAGGGCUGAUACCGGAUAUACUAGAGAUGCUCCAGGUUGAGCACUCGGAAUUGGUGGGGGGAGAAACUUCGGCCCCGGAGGAGGGGCAGGGGAAUGUGACGCCAGUGCCCAAUCCGGUGGAACCGCUCAUCACAGGAGUUAGCCCUCUCCAGGCAGAUGAUGAUACCGCUCUACAGGAGGUGCCGCCGGCAUUAGGAGAGAUACCGGAUGUACUAGAGGUGCUCCAGGUUGAGCACUCGGAACUGGUGGGGGGAGAUAUUUCGGACCUGGAGGAGAAGCAGGGGGAUGUGACACCGGUGCCCGAUCCGGUGGAACCGCUCAUCACAGGAGUUAGCCCUCUCCAGGCAGAUGAUGAUACCGCUCUACAGGAGGUGCCGCCGGCAUUAGGAGAGAUACCGGAUGUACUAGAGGUGCUCCAGGUUGAGCACUCGGAAUUGCUGGGAGGACAUACUUCGGCAGGGGGUGCCUCAGUCGCGAUGGCAGGCUCUGAGGUGGGAGGAGCGUUGUCCGGCAGUGAGAACCACAUAUCGCUAGCUGAGGAGAGAGAGCACCAGGAGCUAUUGAAGUUUAUCCUGGAGGAACGACCAGCAUCCCCCAUCCCUAUUACCGGUAUGCACUGGGAGAUAUACCGACAGUAUAUCAGGGACAAGUUCCCGCAAGCCAUUAAGGAGCUAGAUAUCGAAGAGUUUGCAAAAGGGAAUGCCCAGUGUUAUGAUUCACUGACACGCAGAGGAUCGGAUGAGGACGGGGGUGUGCUGGGGGAGGGUGGCGAGGACGAGCAUAAAGAGUUGGGGGAGAAGGAGUUGGGGGAGAAGGGGUUGGAGGAGGAGGAGAUCGAGGGGGAAGAGACAGGUCUAGCCUCCAAAGGUGUCCCCAAAAUCUUCGUAGAUUCAGGUCUCGGGAGCUCCGCUCCGCCCCCCACUGGCCAGGCUCGCUCGAUCCACCCCCAUCCAGUACAAUCUAAUAUGUUGGUCCCUUCGGGAAUCCCGGCCUCAGGCACAUACCUCAAGUUUCCUCCUUCCGUCUCAGCUGUCUCAUAUUCUACCAUCUGCUCGACAUCUUCUGAACCAAACAAUAGACGUCUCCUUCCACGAGUUCCACUUCAUUCCGUGGGAUCCGCAGGUUUCGAGUGCACAUUUUGCGGGCUUAUGCAGCGCCCAACUACCCAAGGCCAUAGGUGGAGAAAACAUGUUUUCGCUGAUCUCGCGCCAUAUAUGUGUAUACGCUCGCGCUGCCCGAGCGCGGAUAAGUUCUACACCAAGAAGAGAGAUUGGGUCGCGCACGACAGCCAGUGCAUAAGAGAUGGGCGCGAGGGCGCCGAAGUAACCACCACGGAGACGUGUCCGUUCUGCCUAAAGGAGUUUGGCGGAGAUACGGGACGGUUCUAUAGCCAUGUUGCACACCACAUGGAGGAUAUACGACUGUUCGCGCUCCCGCCUGCCGUUCGGGAGUAUGAGGUCGGAGAGGACGAGGAUACCUCGAGGACGGGGAGCAGCGAGUAUGCGGAGAACUCUGGGGCUGACAGGGGUCCAAUUGGAAGUUAUAUCGCGAAGAAUAAGGUGAUUGAUGCCUCGGCUACGAGGCAGUGGGCUGUGCAAGCCCAUGGAGAACCUCCCGGCGGGUAUCAAGCCAAAAUGCCUGGACACAUUACGGCGGCCGAAUGCCUCAAGAGGUUCCAAGCUUUUAUCAAGUACGAGAAGAAGGGGCUAGAUGUGUUCUACGGGGGCACCGAAGGCGAAGAGAAACUCAAGGAAUGUGCAAGUAAGGCGGAAGUGAUGCUUAAAGCGCUACUGGAAAAGGGGUGCACGGGCGAGAUAGCAAAGGAUUUAUCAACGCUUGUGCUUUUUGACGUGGUCAUGUUAAUAGGCGAUUCAUCUAUGAUCCUUGAAGAAAACGGCGAACGGAUCAAGACACUCCAGAAUACGAUGAAUGCAAUAACCGACGUCUAUGACCUUGCUAAUGACGACGGUAUCUUAUCUGUGCAGUUUUUGAAUAGUGCGAAAGGGAAGAGAAAUAUUACCGGGAAGCGCGUUCAAACGGUUCUCAACAAUCACUGCUUUCAAGGUCUCACCAUGAUAGGAAAGAUGUUAGAAAAGCGGGUCCUAAACCAAUUUGUAUUCAAGAGUCCGAUGAAGAAGCCGCUCCUGGUCAUAAUCAUCACGGGUGGAGAGAUCGAAGGAGAGAAGCAAGGGCUAUUAAGAAUGGUUUUAAAUACUUGCGCUAAGAAAUGCGAGCGUGAUAGCCAGCGUGGUCGGGAUGCUGUCGCAUUUCAGUUCUCGCGUGUUGGUAACGACGAAGGUGCAGAAGAACUUCUGAAAACAUUGGACGAUGAUUACUGGUACCAUGUGAACUGCCUGCCAGUGGGGGGAAGGCUCGAGAACAUCACUGGCUCUCAGAAAUGGAUUGUGCUACGUGAACUGCUUUUGGGGGCAUUGAUGAAAGCUGUACACGAUGACGACGGGGAGUACGAGGUGAACGGAGAUAAAGUUUAUGACGAGGACGAAGAUGACGAGGACGAAGAUGUCGAGGACGAAGAAGAUGACGAAGACUAG